CACUGAAUGCACCACCCAACGCAAACUGUCCCACACCGUCAGAGCAACAAGCUUGACCGGACAAAACGCCCACCGCUGCAGCGCCGUACUCUCUGAUUUAAGGGAAAUAGCAGCAGAAACCGGUUUGUUUUUUCCGCACUGAACGUUGACUAGAAAAACAAAUCUGCACAUUGAGAGCUGAACUGGAGGAAAGAAAAUGUCGGCAGUUUAUAAAGAUGACCAGGAAGACUGGCUGACCGUGUGUCUCAAGUACUUGCUCUUUGUUUUCAACUUUCUCUUCUGGGUGGGUGGAGCUGCUGUCUUGGGUGUAGGAGUCUGGACACUGGUGGAGAAGAGUGACUACUUGAGUCUGCUGGCCUCCAGCACGUUUGCUGUCUCAGCAUAUAUCCUCAUCCUGGCUGGCAGCCUGGUGGUUGUUACGGGCUUUUUGGGCUGUUGCGCUGUCAUUCGGGAACACAGAAGCUGUCUGUCCACGUAUUUCUUUUUCCUGCUGAUCAUCUUCUUGAUUGAACUUGUGGCUGGAGUACUGGCAUAUGUAUACUACCAGAGGCUGAGUGAGGAGCUGAAGCAGCAUCUCAACCACACUAUGACAGAGAACUAUGCUCAGCCAGGGAAGGAGUCUAUCACAUUAGCUGUGGACAGACUACAGCAGGAUUUCAAGUGCUGUGGCAGCAACAACUCUCAUGAUUGGAUGCAGAGCGUGUACAUUUCGUCUCAGCAGGCAGACGGCAGGGUGGUGCCUGAUAGCUGCUGUAAGACCAUCACACGUCGCUGUGGCAAGAGAGACCACCCUUCAAACAUCUACAAGGUGGAGGGUGGUUGCAUCACAAAACUGGAGCAGUUCCUGGCAGACCACCUCCUGGUCAUCGGUGCUGUGGGAAUAGGAGUAGCCUGCCUGCAGCUGGCCGGGGCACUCUUGACAGCCUGCUUUAUCUAUCUGCUCUAUAAAGAAGAGGAAGAGGCCUUUGGUGCAUUGUAAUUUGGCUCUAGAGCACCUUGGUGGUUUAAUCUAAUGGAGAGACAAGAUCUGCGGGAUGGUGUUCACAUGCUGCUUGUACAAAAGGAUCAAGAUGGACCCUUACUGAGCACACCAGACUUUCAACACUACACCUUCAACAGGCAGAUGGAAUAUGGUCUCCUGACAACUAAUCUCAACCUCUGAAUCUUGAAUUUUGACACUCCAACUUAAGCUUUGUGCACAUGCAUGUUCCAGAUCACCUACAUUUCAGUCAGAAACAAAUUGUUCUGGUAAACUCAGAUGCAUGCCAGCGAAUUUCUGUUUUUGGACUGUGAUCCAGGCUCAGUGGAACAUCAUAUUUGGUUAGAUCAUUGCUGAGGCUUAGGCUUUGUCCAUAUGUACACUGGCAUUUAAAAAUUGUAUGUGUUUGGCGUUUCGAAUGCAGCAAGCGGAGCCUUUAGAAUACUUCCUAGGUGAAGAUAUUCAGAAUCUCUAUUUCUGGCUUGUGGUGUCAUAGUGUGUGCCGUUACCUCCUUUGUUUAUAAGAGCUUAUUGGUUGCUGCUAAAUUGAAUCAGCCCUGCUGUCUGGACCAACCUGCGCUAUGCCUAAAAGCCACACUCCUAGCCAAAGCUAACUACCAGACAAGCAUAAUAACCCUCCCACUGUGUCGCUUUGGCUGUUGGUGUUAAUGUUGCUAACAGGACUUUUUAUAUGUUUACAGAUAAAUGUACAGUCACUAUCUUACUUUGUUUAGGAUAGUGAGGAACAAAGGCAUCUGAAUUAUUCCAUACAUAUCUAAGUGGUGAAUAGUCUGCACUUAAUUAGCACCUUUUCAACAUUAGCUAGGUUCUACUAAGUGCUUCACAAUAGCUGUGCUCAAAUUCAGGGGCUACAUCCCUUACAGGCCUUAAUGGAAUGCAAAAGUUUAACAAAACAUUGGUAAAUUUGACAGUCAGGCCUAUGGAGGAUUUGCCAUUUAUGUCCCUAACUCCAACUACUGUCACCUAGCAACAUCCACAGUCCAAAUUAACAGUGGGGACAAAAGUUGAAACGUCAUUUGUUUUAUCCACUAUAUAGUCAAAAAUGCAACCUGAAUGAAACUUGGGAUAGGUUGGGCCACAAAGGAUUCACCCAUUGGAAUUGUUGGCCACCCAGUAAAAGAAGGACGCAUUUGCUUCCAUUUGAAUGGGUCUUUGAAAUGGGACACCUUUUGUCCUACCACUGUGAUGCAUUCAGUGUUGGAAUGCAGCCUUAGAGGGAUGCAGACCUGAAUCGUGACACUGAUGUGUUCUUCAUUCACUAUGACAUACACAUUAAUGGCAGCUCUGCCGCCAUCAGGAGCAACUUGGGGUAUACUUCAGCGAAUGGGAGGACCGGGUAUAGGGACAUCAACUUUACCGUUGGUGGACAAUGCACUGUUCCACCUGAGCCACACCCUUCUCCCUCUAUUCACCAUUGUUUGUAACCUCUCCAAGGCUUCUCAUUGUCCAAUGUGGCUUUAUGGUCAGGGUUAUGCUGCUGUCUCUUGGCUCGGCAUACUCUUGGCAAUGCUUUACAGGUUUUUUCAUGUGGGCAGAGCUUUUCAUGAAACAAUGCUUGUGUGGACAGGAGGAUAAACCCCAUUUAAAAAAAAACACCUGUGUAUGUGUGGACGAGACCUUAGAUGCAUGCUUUAACCUGAGAAGGACUAAACAAAGGGAAGUAGCUAACUGAUGCAAAUUGAUUUAUUGUCUUUUCAGUGUACAGAUUUAUUAAUAUAGGGCUUUGGUCAUUCCAAUACUUGAAUAAGCUGAAUAAGGGCACCUUGUACACUGGUGUCAUUCUCAUUGAAGAAAGGAGAUUUUUGCUUGUAAACACAAUGUGCCUCUUUCAUAAUUGUGCUUGUAUAUAAUUAUGUAUCAUUCUGUGCCUGAAAUCUUAAAUGGAAGCUGACAGUACACUGGAAUACAGUGUAACAAAUCAUAUAGGUUAUCUUUAUAUUUGUAGUUAUGAAUUCAUUCCUGAAAGUAGCACUCCAUGUUGGACUGUAUGAUAGUAAUCAAAAUUAACUUAGAAAUAAGUUACAAAGUACUCACAUGUAUGACUACAAAUCAGUGAAACUCAUCUUCUGUAAUGGCUACCAAAUAUCUGAAUUCAUAACUCCACCUAGUGGUUGGUUUGGUCAUUUACUGUACUUCUGAGUUCUUCAUGUGUGAUACAAAGAAACUCAGAUUUGAGCUGAUCAUUUCAAUAUGACCACAGUUCAUAUGGCAUUAAUUUUAAUCUUGUUUUGAUAUUUGACUAAUCGCCAAGAGGUUUUAUCGUCUAUAGCGAAGAAGAUGGGGAUUCUGUGAGUCAAAGAAAGCAAGGGCCAUGUUGUUGGUGAUGCAUAAUCUAUUGCUUGAGAUCCCUUUUGCCUAUUGGUAUGGUAUAGCUACUAUAUAUGUAUGUAUUAAGUCUUAUAAAGUGAGAGUAAUAUGUCUAGAUAUAAGUAUUUUAUCUUUUUUUUUUGUUGUUACAAGGAUCCAUCUGCCAUUUUUUUCAUAAAUCCCUCACAAGAAUAUAAAACCAUUGCCAAGGCUGCAUUCUCUGUAAAGGAACCUCUCAGAAAUAGUCUUUUAUGCAUGUUUUUUUCCAGAUUAAUGUCCCAAUGAUGGGUGCUAACGUAUGUAGCUUGUUGUUGAUGAGAUAACGAUAUAACAUUGGCAUGUGCUCCAACUACUGACUGCUGUAUUCAAAAUAUUGAUCUGAAAUUUAUAAAUAAAUGUUUCAAUAUU